AUUAAGAAGGAUCAACAGCGAAUAGAAAUGAUCCUUAAGAAAAGCUACAAAGGCAAUCCAAUUAAAUAUAUCGACAUUGCGGCAGACUCUGAAGCAAAAGAAAGAAUGAGAGAYAUUGCAGGAAAUCCAAAAGCUCUGCCCCCACAAAUUUGUAAAGGAAAUGAAUACCUUGGGGAUUUUGCUGCCUUUUUUGAUGCUAUUGAACGUGAAGACCUCGAUGGAUUCCUAAAAAUAGAUUAUAAUUAAAUAAAUGCCAGGGAUAAGAUAGGAAUUCAGGAAUCUUAUAAAAUAAUAACCGAAAAAAAUUUUUUGAAUAAAAAGUCAAAAAUU